UACAUACUUCAAUACUUUGUGAGAGCAGAAAGUUGAUCGAGGUUGAUCCGGUAACGCUUGUCCUUACGCCUCUUUUAUCGAAGAUUCUCGAUUGCAUCGCAAGUCAGUAGGUGCGGAUCGUUUCGAUUUCAGAUUCAUCAUGCAAAUCUUUGUAAAAACCCUCACUGGGAAAACCAUCACCCUUGAGGUGGAAGCUUCUGACACUAUAGAGAACGUCAAAGCUAAGAUCCAAGACAAAGAAGGUAUUCCUCCAGAUCAGCAACGUUUAAUCUUUGCUGGAAAGCAACUAGAGGAUGGCAGAACCCUUUCCGAUUACAACAUCCAGAAGGAAUCUACACUUCAUCUUGUUCUGCGUCUUCGUGGAGGCAUGCAGAUCUUUGUGAAGACUCUUACGGGUAAAACCAUCACCCUCGAAGUCGAAGCUUCAGACACUAUUGAAAAUGUGAAAGCCAAAAUCCAAGACAAAGAGGGAAUUCCCCCGGAUCAGCAGCGUCUGAUUUUUGCUGGCAAACAACUUGAAGAUGGCAGAACUCUCUCUGAUUAUAAUAUUCAAAAAGAAUCCACACUUCAUCUGGUUCUGCGUCUUCGAGGAGGAAUGCAAAUCUUCGUGAAAACUCUCACCGGUAAAACCAUCACCCUUGAAGUUGAAGCCUCUGACACAAUAGAAAACGUAAAAGCUAAGAUCCAAGACAAAGAAGGCAUUCCUCCUGACCAGCAACGUUUGAUCUUCGCUGGUAAACAGUUGGAAGACGGUAGGACACUCUCAGACUAUAACAUCCAGAAAGAAUCUACUCUUCAUCUGGUUCUGCGUCUUCGAGGAGGAAUGCAAAUCUUCGUGAAAACUCUCACCGGUAAAACCAUCACUCUUGAAGUUGAAGCCUCUGACACAAUAGAAAACGUAAAAGCUAAAAUCCAAGACAAAGAAGGCAUUCCUCCUGACCAGCAACGUUUGAUCUUCGCUGGUAAACAGUUGGAAGACGGUAGGACACUCUCAGACUAUAACAUCCAGAAAGAAUCUACUCUUCAUCUGGUUCUGCGUCUUCGAGGAGGAAUGCAAAUCUUCGUGAAAACUCUCACCGGUAAAACCAUUACCCUCGAAGUCGAAGCUUCAGACACCAUUGAAAACGUAAAGGCUAAAAUCCAGGACAAAGAGGGAAUUCCACCGGAUCAACAGCGUCUGAUCUUCGCCGGUAAACAACUGGAAGAUGGCAGAACUCUUUCCGACUACAACAUCCAAAAAGAAUCCACACUUCACUUGGUUCUGCGUCUUCGAGGAGGAAUGCAAAUUUUUGUGAAAACUCUCACAGGUAAAACCAUCACUCUUGAAGUCGAAGCUUCAGACACUAUUGAAAACGUGAAGGCCAAAAUUCAGGACAAAGAAGGAAUCCCUCCAGAUCAACAGCGUUUAAUCUUCGCUGGCAAGCAACUGGAAGACGGCAGAACUCUUUCUGAUUACAACAUCCAAAAAGAAUCUACACUCCACUUAGUUUUACGACUUCGCGGAGGUGUGCUCUUAUAAGCUGGAAAUCUACAGAAAGGUCCGCUAGUCGCAAAUUGAAAACGAAUAGCAUCAGUAGUAUUGAGGUAGCAUUUAUAUAUUUAACGUUUUUUUUUUUAAUUUAUGUUUCAAGUAACUACAUAUACUUAUAACAUUACUUUGAAAAAUAUUCAUGUCGAAGUACAACAAGAAUGUAAGAAAGUGUAAUCCAAAUAUAUAUGUAAAUGAACGCAUUCUUGGCUAAUAAACAUU